ACGGCCAUGCCCAAUGUCUAAUGUUUGCGAAUUAUUGAAAUAAGUCAUCAUUGUGUAUAUUCAGUAACAAUACUGAGGAUAAGUAUUUUAAAAGUGUAUGGUUAAUAAUUUUAAAAGCAAUGAUUUUUUCAAGGCAUUACGUUUUGCAAAAGAACUAGUUUCCUGUUUGCGAAAGAUAAUUACUUGAUAACUUUCCUAGUCCAUUUAAACAUGUCGGUAAAUUUUGCAAAACAUCGUAAUUCCUUACUUGAAGCUUGGAAGGAUGUUUCUGACGACAAAACAGCUACUAAUUGGGCUCUCUUUGGAUAUGAGAAACAAUCAAAUGACUUGUUUGUUGUUGAAAAAGGAGAUGGAGGCUUAGAGGAAUUGGCUGAUGAGCUGAACAGUGGAAAAAUAAUGUAUGCCUAUUGUAAGGUUACAGAUCCAAACACGAGUCUUCCAAAAUUUGUAUUGAUCAACUGGCAAGGUGAAGGAGCACCAUUGACUAGAAAAGGAGCUUGUGCCAAUCAUGUACAUGAUGUUUCUAAUUUCUUUAAGGGGGCACAUGUUACAAUUAAUGCUAGAAUGGAGGAUGAUGUAGAACCUUCUCUUAUAUUGGAAAAAGUUGCAAAAGCUUCAGCUUCCAAAUUUAAUUUUAAAGAUCGAUCAGAUCCAGUUGAAAAUAUAACGCCUGUAGGUAGUGUAUACAAAAGAAUUAGGCCUACUACAGAAAUAAAUCCAGUUGAAAGAGAGAAGUUUUGGAUCAAAGAGCAGGAAGAAGAAAAGAAAAGAAUUUCAGAAGAGAAAAAAAAGCUUGAUGAAGAACGUAAAAAGUUGGAAGAAGAAAGGAAAGAAAGAGAGAUAAAAGAUUCAUCAGCUAGAGAAGAAUGGGUUAAAGAACGAUCCAGGUCCAUCAAUCAAAUGAGAGAAGCGGAGAAAAAUGCUGAUAAUGUUGCUAGGAGUAUGGCUCAAGAAAAAUUGCAAUGGGAAAAACAAUUGCAAGAAGAUGCAGUAGAUGAAAAGGCAAGGAGAACUCGAAGUGAAAGUUUACGAAGGGAACGGAGUCAUGAAGCCCAAAAUCUGAUUUCUCAGAGAAAAAUUAAUGCAAGAGCAAUUUUCGAACAGAAUACUUGUGCUGGACAAAUGAGCUCUGUGCAAACUUCAAGACAACCAAAAGUUCUUCAAGAAUUUGAAGAAAAUCAGGCAAAGUUAGAAACACAAUCGUAUGAAGUAUCUAACAUGCAGACUUCUCCCUCAGAGCAAUCCAAUGUCUUCGAACAUGAAAAAGAAGAGCCUGUUUCAAAAAUUGAUGAGUUUCACUACACUCGUAAUCUUUUAAAAGAAGGUUUACCAAUUCGACAGGACUCUGAGAUGGAGUCAAACCCUGAAGAAGAGCAAAAUUGGGAUGAACCAACUUUAGAAGCUCCUCCAAACGUUCGAGAUCCUUUGACAGAGAUGAUGGCUGACAUAGGAAUUGUUCGACAGACAGUCGAUAAUACUCAAAUUAUUACAUCAAGUGCAUUAUCUGAUGGACUGAGAGCUCGAGCUUUAUAUGAUUACCAAGCAGCUGAUGACACUGAAAUAUCUUUUGAUCCUGAUGAUAUCAUAAGUCAAAUUGAACAAAUAGAUGAAGGCUGGUGGCAAGGCUUAGCCCCUGAUGGUUCCUAUGGUCUGUUUCCGGCCAAUUAUGUAGAACUACUAGAUUAAAAACUCUUUAUAUAUUACCCUUUAAAAUCCUGUGAUCUGUUAUGGUCUUAUUUAUGCUCAUUUUCAAAUUUAAUAAAUUAAAAAUGCGCUAUUUUGUUAAUGUUCAUUUUGCUCAAAUCAUACUCAUGAAUUCAAUUAGAUUCCAAAUUAUUUUUCUAAUUUCAAUUCUUUGAUAGCAAGUUUUUUAUAUGUUAUUUAUAAUAUGAAUCUUAUAUUAUUAAAAUUGUUAAUUUGAAGAGCUUUGCAUAUGUUUAAUCACAAGACUGAGUCUGGAUUAAUUUUGAAUUUUAUUAAGGUACUGAACAAUUGAUAUCCUUGUUCUAACUUUUAAUUUAUUUUGUGAAAAACAAUUUAUGUUUCUUGUCCUAGGGAUAUUUUCAACUGUGAUCUGUGACUUUCAUUUGUUUUGGAAAAAAUUUUGCAAAAUAUGUGUAAAUAUUUAUGAGAUAUGUUCAACAUUUUUAAAGCAAUUAUAAUUCACCAAUAAAUAUUUUAAACUAGUAGUUGUUGAAAAAAGUUUUAUAAAACAUGUUCGAAGUAUUUCUCCUUUAAAGGAGUUUUUUAAUGUAAUCCCUCUUUUUAAAACUUGAGAAAUCAAAAACUGCAUUCUUUUCUUGUAUUGGUAUUGAUUUUU